UCGACUAAAUUAUUGUCUACCUACCAAAUGCUUUUUCUUACUGAAAGUGAAGAUCUUUUUGUGAUCACAAUUCAUUUCCAUUGAUGAAUGGUGAAUGAAAUUCUACAAGAAUGUUUUCGAAUAAAAAAUCACAUCAAAAAAAACGACGACGAGAUUCAUAUGAAUAUUUAUGUGGUAAUCGCUUUUCCAAUUCCAAGACAUAUGAUUCAGAAAAUUCAAGUUUAUUUACAAACGAUGAUGAUGAUAGCAAUGAACCGAUUGAUGAAGCAAAGAAUGCCAUUACAGAUAUGUCGCUAUAUGUUGAACCGGAUGAUCCAACAUUAGCAGAAUGUGGAUUAUGGAUUAAGAAUCGAUAUUUCACGAAACGAAAAUUAUAUCGCUUGUUACCGCCGCUUCGUUGGAUUCCUGCGUACACAUUGGAAGAUCUAAAGGGUGAUAUCAUUUCAGGAAUAUCUGUCGCAUUCACUAUAGUUCCACAAGGCUUGGCAUUAGCAAGUCUGGCCGGUUUACCACCACAAUAUGGAUUAUACACAUCUUUCGUGGGUUGUUUUGUGUAUUCAGUGCUUGGCAGUUGUAAGGAUAUGGCUGUCGGACCAACAUCAAUUUUAUCCAUGAUCGUUUUACCAUAUGUGUUGAUUGGUGGACCACAAUACUCAAUUUUACUAGCAUUUUUUGCCGGUUGUAUUCAAUUAUUGGCCGGACUUCUUAACCUUGGUUUUAUCGUCGAUUUCAUAUCAUUUCCAGUGAUUACAGCAUUUUCAUUAGCUGCAUCUAUAUCGAUAUCGGCAUCACAAUUGAAAGGCUUUUUUGGCCUACAUUAUACAGCUAGUCGUUUGCCGGGAAUCUUUUCAAAAUUUUUCUCAACGCUUGGCGAAACCAAUUACUAUGAUGUUAUUCUUGGGACAUUAUGUCUGCUAUUUUUGUUACCAUUCCAACUGUUUAAAGAUCAUCGAUUUCCUGAUAUGAACUGGAAAAGUAUACCGAUUUCGAAAAUAUUGAAUUCAAUAUUUCAAUUGCUGAUUAUUGGUCGUAAUGCUAUGGCUUUAUUUUUCGGUUCAUUGAUAGCAAUCUAUUAUGGCCAAAAUGUCGACAAAGAUGGAACAAUUACCGGUAAUAUUUUUACAUUAACACGUCAGAUUACUCCAGGAUUACCUUCAUUUCAAUGGCCAGAAUUCUCAGUAACCAAUGGAACAAAUGUGAUCAAGCCAUUCAGUGAAGUUUACGAAGAUAUUGGAACCGGUAUUUUUGUUCUAUCAUUGGUUGGUCUUAUGGAAUCAGUAGCCGUGGCCAAUGCUUUCAAAUCAGAACAUUCUCGGAUGGAUGCAACGCAGGAAAUGAUCGCACUUGGUUUGAGUAAUAUUUUGGGCUCAUUUUUUGGCGCUUUUCCGGCUACAGGAAGUUUUUCACGAUCAGCCGUGCAACACAAUAGUGGGGCGCGAACACCUGCCGGUAAUAUGAUAACUGGAUCAUUAGUUCUGCUUGCAUUAUCAACACUAUCGGGAUAUUUUGAAAACAUACCCGAAACCGUUUUAGCUACAAUCAUCAUAACAUCGGUAAUUUUUAUGGCACAUCCCAGUGAUUGUUUGCUGAUUUGGCGAACAAGUCCAAUCGAUUUGCUUCCUUAUGCCGUUACUUUAGCUUCUUCCUUGUUUAUUGGACUUGAAUUUGGCAUAUUGAUUGGCAUUGGUUUCUCGAUAAUGGUUUUAUUAUAUCAUAUGACACGACCUCAUGUAUUCACCAUAACGAAAGAAUCACCGCAUAAUUAUCCAUUUUUAUAUGUAAAACCAGAUCGAAGUAUUUUCUUUUCAUCGAUUGAAUACAUGCAAAUCAAAAUAUUUCAAGGUUUGAAUAAAGUUCAGCAUAGGGGAAGUCACAAGAAGAUUGUUGUAUUGGAUGGCGAACACAUGUUUCGUAGUGAUUCAACAUUUGCUUUGGGAAUGAAAAACAUGGUAAACCAUCUGAAAAACGACGGUAUCACUGUAAUAUUUUAUCGACUACGGCGUCAAGUUUUCCGUACGAUUGUUGGUGUAUCAAUGCAUCCAACAUCAUUCCAUAAUUGUCGUACAGAAGAUGAGGUAUAUCAACUGAUUAAGCAGAUUAAUGAAAAUCGUCUGAAACACUCGACAUCUAUUUGUUUACCAUAUGAUUCUAAUCUUAUGAAUAAUAUGAAACCAUCAUCGGGUCAGCUAAUGUCGACUAAUUUUAAUGAAUUUGGUAGUCGUUUUCAUUGGCUUACACAAUCGUUCUGAGAAGAAAAAAAA